AUGGUCGUCUUUGUUGAUCUCGACGAGGACAUGGAGCCCCUUCAUGUUCUCGAGGCGCGUCGCCUGGCUGCCGCUGCCGCUGUCGCGACUGAUGCACUAGAACCAAGCAGUCGCGAGCUCAACCAUGAACUCGAGAAGCCGACGGCCGCUCCUGUGGUUUCGGUAGCUCCGGUUCCCGCACCGGAGCCAACGCCGACGUUUCAAAGUGCCGUUACCGAGGCGUUUGGCUGUUAUCCCAUUGUCAUGUCCAUUGCUGAACACAUCGACCUCAAUACCCUCGACAGCCUAGCCCGCACCUCGCGCCAGGUCCGCCGUGGCUUGCUGCAGUACCGCUCCAUCCUUCUAUCCUCAACGCUGCACUGUUCCAAUGAAGACGCUCCCGUCGACCCAGAGUCCACCUUCCGCUUCCGUGCGAGGGCUGGCAACUGGUAUUACAUGGAAGAUGGCCGAAACUACAAUGGAAAGAGCGGCAGCUGUGCCCGUGACCUGGUGACGGAGUGUCGGAGGUGCAGAACCGUUGUGUGCAGGGGGCUUGAGGCAACGGUCGAGGAGGAUGAUGAAGAUGAUCAAGUACAGUUGAUCGCUGACGCUGCGAACAGAACUGUGCUAUCAAGCCGCCAGCCCACAACGCCCUCCGCGAGCGACAUCGCAGGCUGUGUAAUCCGUGCACCAAGGCCCCAAUCGCCUCGCUCGUUAAUAAGCCCCUGGAACCCGAAACGUCUCUUCUGGAUGACGCGGUGCGACGGGAAAUUUGCCGGUGCGAUAUCGACGGCGUCUGGCUCUGCCAACCAUGUGGGCGGAGCAUGCGCGGGGCCGACCACGACUAUCAGCGGGUUAUUCAGCAUCUGGAAGUGGCGAGCUCAUUACGGCGAAGUACUUGGCGGCCUGGGAACGGGCAUUGGUGAGGGUGACCGCGGUGUCAUUUGUGGUCGCGAGAGCGCCUGCGCCGGUGCUAAGGAGCGUGAAAAUGAGACCGACUGUGACGCCGAGGAUGCAGCCGUCAGCGGCGCGAACCUCUGGACGGCUACGGACCAGGUGCAUCUGGAUACGGUGCGGUAUGAACGAACGCCAAGUCCCCAGCUCGGCCCUGGGUAUGAAAGGCAUGAGAUCGAGGGCAUCGGUGGUUGUGUCAAGACCAAACUCAUCAGGAUGGUUAGAGUUGGCGCUUGCGUGCCCGAGUGGGACGACGAGAAGAGUCACCACAACAUCCUUGGGAGAGAGGUCAAAGGCAACAGGAGGAGCUGGUGUGGCUGGUGCUACAGAGUCGUUCCCGGUGAGGCUGACUUGGAAACGGCCGGUGUUCAGAUGCGCCAACUCUGA